ACUUUCAUGGUAAUGUGGAUUGAUCAUUUAUAGUAUUUAAUCAAGAAUCAUGAUUGAUUGCAUAUGUACAUCCAUGUAAUUUGUGCCUCUUGCUCUUGCCAGUUGAAUGCGAUUGAAAACAUGGGUGAUUAUGGUGUGAUGUCAUAUCUGGCUGAUGCAGAUGGAAACGUGAUUAUUGGACCUGGGACUCCUGUACCCACUUGUCACUCAACAAAGCCUUCAUCCAGAUCAAUUCCCACAACACCCACCCAAGUCACUCCAACUCAAACACCAACCCCAGCUAAUCCAAACCCCCAAAAUAAAAUUACAGAUAUCCUGACCCCUGAAAAUCAAACCCCAAAUAUGCCAACUCAAUCAACCCCACCAACUCAAAUCCCUGAAAAUCAAUCCCCAGGUACCCAAACCCCUGAAAAUCAAACCUCAGAUACCCCUAUUUCCCAACUCCCAGCUAAUCUGACUUCCUCAAUCUCAAAUACAUCCACUCCUCAACCCUUUACUCCCGCACCAAGUGAGAAAUCUGCAAAUAUAUCAAUGGACGAUAAGACGAUAACAGCAAUGCUGAAAGAGGCGGUUGGACCCAUACAUCACACUGACCAUGAUGAUAUACCUGUUUCUACAACUGCACCGGAAACCACAUCUUCAUCCGAACCGGAGCCCGACCCCGAGGAAACUACAACAGCUCUUGAAACUGCAAAUGAGGAUUGAAAUGUGUGUGAAA